AACCCUAUUCUUCACGCGAAAGUGUCGACGGGUGCUAGUCAAGAGGGCGCACUAAAUGAUAUUGCAACUUUCGGCAUUGUCGCAUUUUGGUUCAAUUUUGGGCUGAAAGUUGAAACAAAUCACCAUUCCAAAUAUGUCCAGAGGUAGUAGUGCAGGGUUUGACCGCUUUAUUACAGUCUUCUCCCCUGAAGGGAGGUUGUAUCAAGUUGAAUAUGCCUUCAAAGCCAUCAGUCAAGGAGGGAUGACAUCAGUUGCUAUAAAGGGAGCUGAUAGUGCUGUAGUCGUAACCCAGAAGAAAGUCCCAGACAAGCUUCUAGAUGCAGAGACUGUCACCCACAUGUUCCCAAUCACAGAGCACAUUGGAUGCGUUAUGACCGGCCUCAUAGCUGACAGUCGGUCACAAGUAUUCCGAGCCCGCUACGAAGCAGCUAACUUCAGGUACAAGUUUGGCUAUGAAAUCCCUGUUGAGAUGCUAUGUAAACGGAUAGCUGACAUCUCCCAGGUGUACACACAGAAUGCACAGAUGAGACCACUCGGAUGCAGUAUGAUUUUGAUUGGUUGGGAUGAUGAGGUGGGUCCACAGGUGUUCAAGACAGACCCGGCCGGCUACUACUGCGGAUUCAAGGCCACCAGCGUAGGGGUCAAACAGACCGAGGCCAACAGCUUCCUGGAAAAGAAGAUCAAGAAGAAAUUGGACUGGACUUACGAUCAAACCAUAGAGACCGCCAUUAAAUGCCUGUCAUCCGUGUUAUCAGCCGAUUUCAAACCCUCUGAAAUUGAAGUCGCCGUGGUCAAUCAAGACAACAACAAGUUUAGGGUGCUGACAGAGACAGAAAUUGAUGUUCAUUUGACAGCGCUUGCUGAGAAGGACUGACGACAUUAUGUCUACCUUAGUUUGAUAAAAAAAAAUCUUCAAGUUCAUGCAGCACCACGCAUUCUGUGUCCACAACUGACUCGAUCCGGCUUGCUACCUUACUUGCUACCUUACUUUGAUAAAAACAAAUCUUCAAGGUCAUGCAGCACCACGCAUUCUGUGUUCACAACUGACUCGAUCCGGCUUGCGUUUUCCACAGCUACCCCGAAUGCUGUAGUCUCCAAACUUUUUCUGUUUCUUUUAAGGGUGGUGUCCAAACCCUAAAGGCUGAUUUGCAACAUUUGUAAUUUCACACUACAUGUAUCUGUGAGGAUAUGUUAGUAAGUGCAUUGCCGAAAUGGUUGUCUUAAAAAUCAGAUAAGUCCUUAUUUCAAGAAAUAUUUGAAGAGUCUAUUUGCAAAACGCAUUUGAAAAAGGUUAAUAAAAUUGUACAAGGUUAUGAA